AUGGCGACUGCAUUCCACCUCUUCUCCGACCUGCCCGCUGAACUGCGCGUGCGUAUCUGGCACGUUGCCCUCGAGGACGACUACCACGAUCUCAAUGGCCGCAACCGCAUCAUCGAGCUCCAUAGCUACAACCCAACGUCGAAGACAAUCGCUGUCGCGGUAUCGCGUCGUUUCCCAACGCUUUUCGAAGUCAACCGCGAAGCGCGAUGUGAAGCUGCCAAAGCCGGCGGCGGAGAGUGGGUCACCGACGUCCUCUUGCUCUCUUCCCGGUUCCUCGUCAACAACGACGAUCGCGGAGGACUAGGCACCAGCACCCCGGCAUGUCUAGAGGAGAAGAAAUUAUAUUUCUUGAUUAAUUUACUGCCCUCUGGCGUCAUCAAGAAGAUUGCGUACCUCAUGCUCACGGUGGACCCUAUUCAUGGACUUUCUUCGGUACAUUACAACGGCAAACUCCUCGAGCUGUUCACUGCUCUCAAGCGUAUUCAUUUCCAGGCUCACCAUCGUUCUCAUCAUCUUCCCCGAAUCAGUGAAUCUGUCCUACAACACGUCCGGAAGGUCUUCGACGCAGAACCACCACAGGUGUCCUACCACCAUAUGUACGAAGUCCCUGAGCGGAGUACUCUGAUUUGGCUCUCAGUGUCUGGCGUGUCAAAUGUGGAGUAUGACGGCAUUCGCAAGGUCGAGUGGGGAUUCAGGAAGGACCUGUGGGUUCCGAGGGCGAAGAAGAACGGAUCGGGGACUCUGCAAAAGAUUGCUUAG